AUGCCCAAGCCCAAGAGUCUUCUCAAGGACUUUAAGCCCAAGAAGAAGGCCGCCAAGCAGGCCACGCCAGUCACAGCCGACGAUUAUCUCGCCGCGGGCGUUGAGCUUGAGGAGGCUGGUGAGAAAUGGCGAGCGGGGGAUGCCGCCAAAUCCAUGCGCUUCUUCAUGCGCGCCAUUUCUAAAUACGACGAGGGUUUACAAAAACAUCCCGCUGCGUUUGAUCUAGCUUAUAACAAAGCGAGAGUUCAAUAUGAAAUCACUCAGCAUCCUAAGCUGGCUGCCCAGCUGCCAGCGCCCCAGUCGGAGAUCCUACAAGUGGCCCUGCAAUCGCACCGGGAUGCAUUGAUGCUAGAGCAGGAUAAUGCCAAUGUGCUCUUCAACUCCGGUCAGGUGUUGAACAGUCUGGCGGAAGUGAUCUCGGAUUCGAAACAUCCCGAUGAGGAGCAGAUCGUGCAGGCAACCACUUAUCUGCAAGAGGCAAUUGAAUUGUUCCAGAGGUGUCAGGUGCUGCAAGAUAUGCGUUACACCGAGAUGCAGGAACAAAUUGAGGAGAUGCAAUCCGCAGGCCCGGAAACACAGGCCCAGGUCCAGGCUCCGGAGCCGGCACCUACCCCAUCAGCCAGUGAUGAGGAUGCUGGAGACGAAGAACAGACGCAGUGGGCGGCCAUUGUGGAGCCAGUCACUAAAAAUACGCUUGUCGACACUGCUGUGGCGCAGUUGGAUACUUUGACCACAUUGUGCAACCUGCUGACAUUCAACCCCAGUGGUGGUGGCGUUGGCUGGGUGCAGGAGUAUUCCUCGGGGCUCGUGCAGACUCGACUUCCUGCCUAUGUUGAAGGUUCGGACAGACAGUAUGAAGCAAGUCUGGCGCGGGCAAAAUUCAUCUGUGCCAUACACGAAGUCCUUUAUCUGGGCGGACACACCGAUGUCGAAACCUAUCAACAAGAAGUCGGGCAGGCCUUUGGUCCGGACUUGGAUGUAUCAGCCGACCCCGAGGGACUGUGCAGCAAAGCCGAGGCAUUGACCUCGCUCAAUGGAGCCUUCUCAGACGUGCCCCCUAUGAGCGACCCCGAAUCAUUCAAGCGCGCUUUGUACUUGCGCUGGCAAUCACUUUCGACCGCCUUGGAUGCCUUGACAAAAGCAUCUAAGCUUCCAGAUGCGGAAAACCUUCCCAAGAUCCACCUCGCCCGAGGUGAUGUGGAAAUGCAGCGCUGGAGGCUUGGAACGGCACCCUGGAACCACGCGAUGGCUCAGCAGUACGGUGCUACACUCUUGAAAAACGCGCAAACAUACUACCGCGGAGCCGCCGCGUUAGCCCGCCGCGAUGGUGCUGCCGAUGAAGAACGCGACGGAACAUGCAAGGAGGCAAUCGCAGCCGCAGUAGAGGGACAAAAGGCCAAGCUGGAUCAGCUCAAGACCACAGCUCUCGAGCAAGUCGUGGCAGUAGCCACAGACAUGGUGGAGGAUGGCAUGAUCGAGGGCACAGUAAUGAGCGCCCUGAUCUCAUGA